CUGCCUGUGGUGUCCCCCCAGCAUGGCUUGUAGCAUUAGGCUGAGUGUGUUUCCUUUGCUGCAGAGCAGUUACAGAGACAGAGACGGAGCACCUGCCCUCGUGCCUGAGCGCUGCUCCCAGCAGCUUGCUAAUGUCAACCUGCCUGAUAGGCUCGGUAGGGUGGGGGCUCCAAGACAGCAGCAAUUUUCCACUGCAUGCGAAUGAGACUGGAGAGCAAUCUGCUGGCCUAAGAGCCUUAUAAUCAGCACAUCAUUAUCAGUGGGGGGCUGUUACACGGGGUGGAAGCAGGGUUGAGGAGAUAAAGGAAGAGCGAUGGGUGACACCAAAUGAGCCCCCUGUUGACAUCAGGAAGUUAGGAAACAUUGGGGCGCACGAGAAGCCUCUAUCGAAAAAGACAUGUAAAUAAUCGGCGGUAAGACUCUAUAAGGGGGAGACAAAUACCCCCUCCGUUUAUGCAGGAGCAAAGCUCUUCAGGAAGUGGCGGCAGACUCUAUUUAGCUUCUGCCAGCAUGGAUGCUCCCUGUUAGGCUGUAGUAUUGCUGGUCUGCUUACAGAUUCUAAUGGCUGGCAUACGGAUACAGAUGGAUUGUGACAGCUCUUUGAAGCUUACCUCGACUGCAUGCAUUUUUCAAGAAGUUCAAAGGGAGCAAGGACAACAAUACUGAUUUUUUUUUUUUUUUUGGGCUCAUAUGUACACUUGUCUCUUUUAAGGAGCGGCUGAUAUUGUGUGUGCACUCAAACCUGCCUUUAAUGCUCUAUCUAGAGGGGAAGGUGCACUCACAGGGGGCAGCAAACAUUCCAUUCACUCUUGAAUGGCAUCUAUUUCUACAAACAAACUCUUUGACUUGCAGAAUAUAACCUCAUUUGCAUAAAAGCAAAUAAAUAGCACUUCCUUUAAGACUUUGACCCAAUUCAAGCUUCAUCCUUGACAGGAAAAAACAUCCAAAAUCGGCUGUUUGGCUGAGAGAUUUAGUUGUCACCAUGUGUUUUUUUCUUUUUUUUUUUCCUUAAUCCGGGCCUUUUGGUUUUAAUAUGUCAACGAUCAAUCAAAGCUGUCUAAAUGAGUACCUCUUUCUGCCGCAUGGGGGCAGUAGCGCACAAAGCACAUGCGCUGACAUUCCUUGUCUUGAGAUGAGCGCGCUGCCUCACUCAAGUCUGUGAUUCAUAAAACUAGAGAUGAGAAAAACGGAGUCUGUAUCUCAAGUUAAGGCUUUUCUUUUUCCUAAAAAUCUUGCAGAAGAACUCUUUUUUUUCUCUCCUUCAGCACCUGGUGUGAGUGGAUGAAACACCUGGAAUCAGAGUUUUCUUCAAGCCUGGAUGUAGGAGUUCAUGCUCAUGGAGAGUCCCGUUGUGGAUGCUGAAAUUGGUCUCCUUUUUUCACUCUGAGUUGGGAGAAAACGAUCAUCCUGUGUUUGAUCAUAAAUAUUGCUCCAUCACCUUUCUGUGACAGCUCCACACUUAUUCAAAGCGCAGAAGAGGAUGAUGUCAACUCUCCAUCUCCUGCGCUUGACAGCCGAGCAUAUUCAAUUGGACUGACUCCGCCUCGCGCGCACGGGACCGGUCCAAAUAUUUUUAUUUUAUUUUUUUAUUUAUUUUUUUCAUACUGCAGCGUGUCCGUCUGCAUGGUCGGUGCGCUCUAGCGGAGUCUCUCCCCUCCGGUCACUCACCCCCAUCAUCAGUGAGAGGAGGUCUGACGCACAGGACCAGCGGCGGCAGCAGCGGCAGCAGCAGCCUGGACUCUUCCCGGCAGUGUUUGGCCAGCAGCGAGCAACAUGUCCCCAGCGUGGAGACGGGGAAUCCGCACCUGGGGCUCCACGGAACCACGGCGGACCGUGCGUAAAGGCGGGCUGGGCGGACAGGUGCGGGUCUCCUGUUGGAUUCUGCUCUUGUCGACUUGGAUUCCCAGCACUCUGACUCAAGAUGAUGUCCCUCCUUAUUUUAAGAUGGAGCCCCCACAGACUCAGGUCCACCUGGAGGGAAACCGCCUGGUCCUCACCUGCAUGGCUGAAGGCAGCUGGCCCCUGGAAUUCAAAUGGAUCUACAACGGUACCGAGCUGACGCGGUUCUCAUUGGAAUACAGGUACCUGAUCCCCUCGUUGGACAAAUCGCAUGCUGGCCACUACCGCUGCAUUGUUAGGAACCGAGUGGGUGCUAUAAUGCAGUGCAGCACUGAAGUACAGGUUGCCUAUAUGAAUGGUUUCGUGGAGGGGGAGAGGUCUCAAACAGUGUCCCAAGGCGAAGGCGCUCUCAUCCACACGCCACGCAUACACAGCUUUCCCAAGCCCCAGAUCACCUGGUUCAGAGAUGGACGCAAGAUUCCCUCGAGCAGUCGCAUCGCCAUCACUCUGGACAACACACUGGUCAUUCUGUCCACUGUGGCCCCAGACGCGGGACGCUACUACGCCCAGGCGGUGAACGACAAGAACGGAGAGAACAAAACCAGUCAGCCCAUCACUCUCACCGUGGAGAAUGUGGGAGGGCCUGCAGACCCCAUCGCCCCCUCCAUCAUCAUCCCUCCGAAGAACACCAGCGUGACAGUGGGGAGAAACGAAGCCGUCAUGGAGUGUGUUGCCAACGCAAGACCUCUUGUCAAGAUGAGUAUAACUUGGAGGAAAGACGGAGUUGUGGUCAGCACAGGUAUUCGGGAUUUUGGCCGCAGGCUGGUCAUCAGUCUGCCUGCAGUCAGCGACAGCGGCUACUACGAGUGUGAGGCAUCACUGCGCAGCAGCAGCGUCCCUUCAGUCACUGCGGGGGCCUACCUUCAUGUUCUUGAAUAUCCUCUGUUCAUAAAAGAGCCACCAAGUCACAUCACUGCAGAAAUGGAGAAGGUGGUGGAUAUCCCCUGUCAGGCACGAGGAACGCCACAGCCAGAAAUAGUGUGGUAUAAGGACGCGGUGCCCAUCAGCCCGGUGAAGAUCCCCCGGUACAGGGUGCUGGUGGGAGGCAGUCUUCAGAUCAACGGCCUCUUGCCAGACGACACGGGCAUGUUUCAGUGCUUUGCCCGCAAUCUUGCAGGAGAAAUCCAGACAAAUACCUACCUAGCAGUUACAAGUAUCGCCCCUAACAUCACGGCCGGCCCCUCUGACAGCGCCGUGAUUGACAGUAUGUCAGUCAUUCUGCACUGCGAGACUGCAGGAGCCCCGCGGCCAGCCAUCACCUGGCAGAAAGGUGAGCGGGUCUUGGCCAGUGGCUCAGUUCAGCAGCCCAGAUUCACCCUGUUGGAGUCGGGUAGCCUCCUCAUAAGCCCCUCCCACCUGUCUGAUGCUGGCACAUACACCUGCAUGGCCAGUAACUCCAGAGGCAUUGAUGAAGCUUCAGCCGACCUGGUCGUGUGGGCUCGCACACGCAUCACCAAGCCGCCACAAGACCAGAGCGUCAUCAAGGGGACCAAAGCUGUCAUGACCUGUGGUGUGACCCACGAUCCCAGCGUCACAGUGAGGCAUGUGUGGGAGAAGAGCGGCUCGGUGAUUGACGUGAACACAUCGCCUCGUCUGCGGCUGGAUCCCGACGGGACCCUGCACAUCUCCCAGACGUGGUCGGGCGACAUCGGAACGUACACCUGCAGGGUGACAUCGGUGGGCGGCAACGACUCCCGCAGCGCCCACCUCCGAGUCAGACAGCUGCCCCAUGCUCCAGAGAACCCCAUAGCAGUUCUAAGCACCAUAGAGAAGAGAGCCAUCAACCUCACAUGGGCCCAAGCAUUUGAUGGCAACAGCCCCUUGAUCCACUACAUCCUGGAGGUUUCAGAAAACAAUGCUCCUUGGACGGUCCUUCUGGCCAACAUUGAGCCUGAAUCGACCGGGGUCACCGUCAGCGGCCUCAUCCCGGCUCGUUCGUACCAGUUUCGCCUGUGUGCCGUCAACGAUGUAGGCAGAGGCCAGUUCAGCAAAGAGACGGAUCGACUAACUCUCCCAGAGGAGCCCCCCAGUGCACCCCCUCAGACAGUCAUCGCGAGCGGACGCACCAAUCAGUCCAUCAUGAUCCAGUGGCAGCCACCUCCAGAGAGCCACCAGAACGGCCCUCUCCAGGGCUACAUCAUCAGGUACUGUCUGUCAGGGCUUCCAGUCGACUGUCAAAUCAAAAACAUCACCAACCCUGACCAGACCAGCCUGCUUCUGGAGGACCUCAUCAUCUGGACCAACUAUGAGAUUGAGGUGGGAGCCUACAAUGGAGCCGGCAGAGGAACCUACAGCCACAAGGUCACAGAGUGGACUCUGCAAGGGGUGCCCACUGUGCCACCAGGAAAUGUGAAAGCAGAAGCUGUCAACUCCACUACUGUGCGUUUUACCUGGAGUGCCCCAAGCCCUCAGUUUAUCAAUGGAAUCAACCAGGGAUACAAGCUUUUGGCGUGGGAACCUGGUCGCUCCAAUGAGGUCACGGUUGUCACAGUGCGACCCAACUUCCAGGACAGCGUUCAUGUUGGUUACAUCUCUGGACUUAAGAAGUACACAGAGUACUUUACGUCUGUGUUGUGCUUCACGACACCUGGAGAUGGGCCCCGCAGUCCACCUCAGCGCUUACGCACCCAUGAAGACACUCCUGGUGCCGUUGGUCACCUCAGCUUCACAGACAUCCUGGACACCUCACUGAAAGUCAGCUGGAAGGAGCCUCAGGAGAAAAACGGCAUUCUCACAGGUUUCCGCAUCUCCUGGGAAGAGUUCAACAGGACCAACACCAGGGUGACCCAUUAUUUACCCAACGUGACACAGGAGUACAAGGUGACCGGGCUCACCGCCCUCACUACCUACACGAUUCAGGUUGCAGCCAUGACCUCCAAAGGACAGGGUCAGCUUUCUGCUUCCACCAUAUCCUCAGGCGUUCCACCAGAGCUCCCUGGUCCCCCCACCAACUUGGGCAUUUCUAACAUCGGCCCUCGCUCCGUCACCCUGCAGUUCAAACCCGGCUAUGACGGCAAAACCUCCAUUUCUCGUUGGCUGGUUGAAGCUCAAAUUGGUAUAAUUGGGGAAAAUGAGGAAUGGCUGGUGGUUCACCAGCUGGCUAAUGAACCCGAUGCUCGCUCACUGGAGGUCCUGGAUUUGAACCCUUACACUUUCUACAGGUUCAGGAUGCGGCAGGUGAAUAUCGUAGGCACCAGUCCCCCCAGCCAGCCCUCCAGGAAGAUCCAGACCCUGCAGGCCCCCCCAGACAUCUCCCCUGCAAAUGUCACUCUGCGCACAGCCAGUGAGACCAGCUUGUGGCUCCGCUGGGUGCCACUUCCAGAGUGGGAGUACAACGGCAACCCAGAUCACGUCGGCUAUCGCAUCCAGUACUGCAAGGCGGGAUCCAAAGGAGGAGUUCUCUUCCAUGUAAUCAUGGACCGGCUGGAGAGGGAGUUCACCAUCGAGGACUUGGAAGAGUGGACAGAGUACGAGGUCCGUGUCCAGGCUGUCAAUGGAAUUGGCUCUGGACCCUGGAGCCAGGCGGUCCAUGGCAGGACCAGGGAGUCUGUGCCAUCCAGUGGUCCCACAAAUGUGUCAGCAUUUGCCACCACCUCCAGCAGCAUUCUGGUGCGCUGGGGGGAGGUUCCUGCGGCUGACCGUAAUGGACUCAUUCUGGGCUAUAAGGUUGUUUAUAAGGAGAAGGACUCAGACAGCGCUCCCAGCUUCUGGGCAGUAGAGGGUAACACCAGCCACAGUGUCCAGCUGACCGGUCUGGGGAAGUACAUCCUCUAUGAGAUCCAGGUUCUGGCUUUCACUCGCAUAGGAGACGGAAGAACUAGCUCGCCGCCAAUUCUGGAAAGAACCCUGGAUGAUGUACCAGGGCCUCCUGUUGGCAUCUUGUUCCCAGAAGUCAGAACCACCUCAGUGAGGCUAAUCUGGCAACCCCCUGCACAGCCCAAUGGGAUUAUACUGGCAUAUCAGAUCACCUUCCGGAGGAAUUCCUCAAACAGCAACGCCGCCACUGUGGACGUGUUGAGCCCCAGCACGCGGCAGUACACCGCUACCGGACUGAAACCAGAAUUGGUUUAUGUGUUCCGCCUGACGGCUCAGACCCGGAAAGGUUGGGGGGAGGCUGCCGAAGCUCUGGUGGUGACAACAGAGAAGAGAGCUCGGCCCCAACCCUCAAGCCGCCCCACUGUUCCUCAGGAGGAAGUGCAGGCUCGCCAGGUGUUGUUGUCAUGGGAACCGGGCAGCGACGGCCUGUCCCCCGUUCGAUACUACACAGUCCAGUACAAAGAGCUGCCAGACGGCAAUUGGACGGUCCACUCUGCAUCGGUCAGCCACGAAUCGCACUCCUACAUGGUGGACAGGUUGAAGCCCUUCACCUCUUAUCAAUUCCGUGUAAAAGCAACUAAUGACAUCGGAGACAGUGAAUAUAGUGAGGAGAGUGAGGCUAUCACCACUCUGCAGGAUGCUCCAGACAAAGCACCAACAGUACUGUCUGUCACACCUCACACCACCACGUCUGUGUUGAUGCGCUGGCAGCUCCCCUCCGAGGAGCACAUUAAUGGAGUCUUGUUGGGAUUCAGAGUCAGAUACCGGGAGCUGCACUACGACAGGCUCCGCAGCUUCAGUGUGCGCACAGUCAACAGUCCAGCUGCAAACUGGGCCGAUCUUUCAGCUCCUUACAGCAUCAGAAACUUGAGUGAAUCCAGCCUGACGCAGUACGAACUCGACAAUUUGAGUAAACACAAGCGAUACGAGAUCCGCCUAAGUGUGUACAACGCUGUGGGGGAGGGCCCUUCCAGUGCACCACAGGAGGUGUUUGUUGGGGAGGCUGUCCCAACAGCUCCACCUCAAAAUGUGGUGGUGCAGUCCUCAACAGCCACUCAGCUGGAUGUCACAUGGGACCCACCUCCUCUAGACGCUCAGAAUGGAGACAUACAGGGUUAUAAGAUCUAUUUCUGGGAGUUUCAGCUCCAGAACGAGACAGAGCGCCUGCGCACUCUCUUCCUGCCAGAGCUCGGGGUGAAGCUUAAAAACCUGACAGGCUACACCACCUACAUGAUCAGCGUGGCAGCUUUCAAUGCUGCAGGGGAUGGGCCCCGCUCCCUGCCCACCAGAGGGCGCACUCAGCAAGCAGCGCCAAGUGCUCCGAGCUACAUCCACUUCAGUGAGCUCACCACCACGUCGGUCAAUGUGUCCUGGGGAGAGCCCAAACAGGCCAAUGGCAUCAUUGAAGGCUACCGGCUGGUUUAUGAGCCCUGCACUCCAGUGGACGAAUCCUCUCCUCGCACUCCAGGUGUCAGUAAGAUAGUGACUGUAGAUGUGAAGGGCAGCUCUCCUCUGUGGAUGAAGAUCAAAGACCUGGCGGAUGGUGUCACCUACAACUUUCGCAUUCGAGCUAAAACGCUCACUUACGGACCUGAAGUGGAGGCCAACAUUACCACCGGGCCUGGAGAGGGAGCCCCGGGCCCACCAGGAGAGCCCUUUAUUUCUCGAUAUGGUGCUGCCCUUACGCUUCAUUGGACAAGCGGUGAACAAGGCCGGGCACCCAUCACACGAUACGUCAUCGAGGCAAGACCUUCUGAUGAAGGAUUGUGGGAUAUUCUCAUCAAAGACAUUCCCAAAGAGGUGACAUCCUACACACUUAAUCUGGACAUGCUACGUGAAGGAGUUACCUAUGACUUCAGAGUAAUCGCUGUCAACGAUUAUGGAUACGGUUCUCCGAGCGCCCCCUCUCCCUCUAUAUCAGUUGCUGCCUUUUCAGCUCAGAAAGUGUCCCCAUUCUAUGAGGAGUGGUGGUUCCUGGUCGUUAUUGCCCUGGUUGGCCUCAUCUUCAUCCUUCUUCUGGUUUUCAUUCUCAUCAUCCGAGGCCAGAGUAAAAAGUACACCAAGAAAACAGACGCAGUGUCACCCUCAUACCCAUGGUCAGGUAACAGUUCCAACUGCACGGCGCUGCCUCUGACCCAUGGAGAGAUGGUGCGUCUGGACGAGGGUCGAUUCCCAGCCUUGGAGCUCAACAACAGACGGCUGUCUGUUAAAAACUCCUUCUGCCGCAAAAACGGCAUCUACACCCGGUCUCCUCCGAGACCCAGCCCCGGAAGUUUGCAUUACUCAGAUGAAGAUGUCAGCACCAAGUACAACGACCUGAUCCCCGCAGAGAGCAGCAGUCUGACUGAAAAACCCUCAGAGAUAUCUGACUCUCAGGGCAGCGACAGCGAAUAUGAGAUGGAUCAAAGCCGACAGAAGACCCACUCCUUCGUCAACCACUACAUCAGCGACCCCACCUACUACAACUCCUGGCGGCGGCAGCAGAAGGGCGUCUCACGACCGCCUGCGUACGGCUACUCCCAGCCCGAACCCCUGGUGGAGCAGGAGUCACGACAGCACCCACCACCUGUACCCCCUCUGCCACCCCUCCUCCCACAGAGCGCCCCAUCUCCACAGCCCCAAGGCCAGGGCCAGGGCACUCUGUUCAGGCCUAAGGGAAGCCGGACUCCUACCCCCUCCCUGCUGUCCUCCGACCCCCCCAGCCAGCACAGCAGCCUCUACCGGCCCCCCAGCAGCCUGGGCUGUGCCGCUCAGGCACCUACCGCGGGCUUCUCCUCCUUUGUUUGACACACAUCUCUCUUUCCAAUAACAGCCGGAGCGUGAGAGCAAGUCUUUUGUUUUAUUGUUGUUUUAAAUUAUGAUUUUCUGUCGUACUGACAGAGUUAUGGCUGAAUAUUAAGCAUUUGCCGGCAUUAUAAAUAGCGCUUUCUCCUCUGUGAAGAGUGUAUAUGUAUGACUGUGUUUAGCGCGUAUGGUUGAUCAAUCUAUGUACUCCGUAUUUUAUGGAAAGACAAUCAUUUUAAUUUUUUUUUUUUUUUUGGCGAUGCUGCGGAACUUUUUGGAAGGAUCAACCAUGUAAACAAGGACAUACGGAAAGUUUAUGAAAAAAGAAAAAUCCUUGUUCAUCAUAAGAGCUUUAUGAAAAAAGAAACUUUAGAUCAAACGACGAACUGAAAGUGAGGAAUGGACUCUGACUUGGAGAGGCGCCACCGCUCUGGGCGGCCUUUAACUUUCCCACUCUGCCUACUCAUAAUUGGAGCUGCAGUAUGUGUUUACUAUAUGUACCUGUCUCAUAUUGUUUACCAGAUAUUUAUAUCAGUCAGCUUCAAGCUCAACAUUUUCCAGACAUCACUAGUGACGACGUUAUGAAUCACAUUAAAGCAUUUCAGCACCUUUAUAGUAGUCUGAGAAUGUUGAUUUUUGUGCUGGUGCUCAUGUCAGUAAAUAUGCAAAUUUCAUUAGCAGCAUGUCUUUGCUUUAAAUUCACACAAAUGAUGGACCAAAUGCACAAUUUUACUUUGAUGAAAUGCUGUGUGCUCACCUUAAAACCACACAAAUGUUAGAAAUAGAUGUUCAAUGAAAGCUUUGUGAGGUCGGUGCAGAGGACUUGUGAGCUUUGACGAGAUGAUUUUAGCAACAAAAACCAAAAGAGAAGCUCUACUAUUUUUAGUUUUUGUUCUUUUCCUUUUUUUACUUUUAUGUCGGAGUUUCUCUAAAGAAACAAACCGUGGAAUAAGUUCUCUGUGUUAACUCAUCAUCAAGGAUUGUCAUAUGUGUCUGUAUUCGGCAUGUUGAUUUGCAACAAAUAUUUAUUUCAUUUUGAAACGUGUUGUUUGUGCUUGAAGGGACAAAAAAAUAUCAUGCAGUAUUUCAUGUUUUUACAACAAAUGUGAGUUUCUUUACAGAAGCUGAAUGAGACCAAUGCUGGAGAGGACCUACAAGAGAAUAGACAAAAAAGUCUGAAUAUAUAAUAAAUGUGAACAUGUAUACACUUUACAAUAAAGGAAACAGUUUGGACCUUUUCACAGCAGCUCCCCAAAUAUAUUAUUAAUUUCCCAUAAUUCUGUGUUAGUUUUCAGAACGUUUUAGAAGAAUAUUAGAGGAAUUUUGUUGUAAAAUGAUCUAGGAUUAGCAGAGCAUCACAAAAUUUGGAUGAACAAUGGUCUCAUAAAAAAUGAAACCCAUAUCAGACUUGGCAGGCUAUGUUUUGACAGAGCCAGUCCUCCGUAGACCUUUUUUGCUUGGUCGAACAAUAUACAUUUCUGACACUUGAUCCCAGAGUGCAGGGAUGACCUGGUUUUCCUUGCUUUAGCAGACAUGAUUUGGAUGCAUAUAAGCAGCGGCUCCUGGGUGGAAUUUGAAAAAGCCUGAUCUGACGCAUGCAUGCUGAAAAUCAGCAGAGUGUCGGGCAGGUGCAGAGAUAAUCUCCUUAUCUCAGGCCAGAAAACAUUGAUUUUAGACAAAGCAAAAGGGAACCAUGCUGAUUGCGUUAAGAUGAAGGCAGACGGCUCAAGGAAAAAGGGAGCUGCAAAUGGAAUGUCUUUAUUUAAGCACUAAUGAAUUGUAACGGGAGGCUCCAGUAGGUGUCGCUGUUCCCACAGCACAGGGUAUAAAAGGAAGUUGAUAUGUGGUUGCUAGGUGCUAGCUUCCUGUUGUGGGAAGGGGCGGCUGACGAAGCUGCGUCAGCUGAUGCGAGUCUGAGUUUGGUAAGACUGUUUUUAUUGUCACCUGCAGCAAAUGUUUUAAAAUUAGUGGUUGAUUUUAUUGUGUUUUAUAGCAACAUCACGGCAGCGGUAGAUCUGGACUGACCGAGGGGUUUUAAAGACUGGGCGUGUGGUUUUGCGACGCACCAGGUAUAAAGCUCGUUUUUUAUCAAUGACAGCAGAAGUUUGUUUUAAAUAAGUACUAAAUUAUUUUUUAUGAAAACGUGUUUUUUAAUACGGUGUUUUCUGCUUUUAGUGUCGGAGUACUGUGCCCUGCUGUCCUGAUUUUAAGUUUUGUUUUUUGUGUUUUUUGUUUGUCCGCUCCACACGAGGCUCUCAGCGUGGUUGAUUAAUCAGGUGUGUGAGCGGACUAAUUUUCUUUUUUUUUAUUUUGUUUGUUUAAGUCACUUCCCUUAGUUCAUACUCCUGAGAUCUGUCUAGUUCGAGUUUUGUCCGUGUCCGACUUAAAGUGUGUUGUGCUUUAUCUCGUGCAUGUCUGAAUUUUAUUUGUUGUGUUUUUUUUAUGUAUUUUUCUGCACGUUUUUUUUGAAGUGUUAUUCGGCACGGUGACAGACAAUCAGACACAUGUCAAGGAGAGGAGAGCUUGGGAACGUUUUAUGUUUAUUGUAUUAAUAAAACUUUGUAACCUGC